AUGGUUGAUCAUAGAGGUCAUGAAAUGCAUAAAUCAAAUCAGAGUAACAUUAAUACAAGUGUUACAAGUCAAGUGAAUGAUAUAUCAGUUUCAAAUACAAUCAGUAUAGGUAACAAUAAUAUAUCAACUGAUAGGUUUCGGGAUGAUAAUCUUGAAGAGGAUGAAACAGAUGAAGCAAAGGAAAUAACCAAAGUGAAAAAUGUGAAUAAUAAAGAAAAUCAAAUUGCUCAUAAUGAUAAUAAUCAAACAACUGAUAUAAUAAAGAUAAAAAGUAAUCUUUCAAAUUAUACAAAUCAAAAUGAUCAUAUUAAAUCUCAUAAUUAUGAUGAUUUUGAUUUAAAUAGUGGAAUAAUCUAUCAAAAAUUAGAUUCUUUUAAAAAAUCAUACACUCAUACAAUCACAACAACAACUACUAACAUUACUACUAAUACUAUAACUACUGUAACCACUACUAAUUCAACUAUACCAUUAACUGUUAAAUUAAAUAUUCAUAAAGAGAAUGAAAAUAAUUUAGAAAUAUCUAAAGAUGAAACAAUGCGUAAUUUAGCUAGACGUACAUUAGCCAUUGGUAUACCUGGAUUACAUCCAUCUAAUCAUAAAACAUUAUUUAUAUUCUCUGAAGAGAAUGCAAUUAGAAAAUAUUCAAAAAUUAUCAUUGAAUGGGGGCCAUUCGAGUAUAUGGUUCUAUCAACUAUUUUAGCCAAUUGUAUAGUUCUAGCUAUGGAAAUGCAUUUACCAUCUAAUGAUAAAACAGCCUUGUCAGAAAAACUGGAGCAAACUGAAACAUAUUUUUUAAUUAUUUUCUGUGUGGAAGCUUUAUUAAAAAUUGUUGCAUUGGGUUUUGCAUUUCAUCGUAAGGCUUAUUUAAGAAAUGUAUGGAAUAUAAUGGAUUUUAUUGUGGUAGUUACAGGUCUUUUAGCUUACAUUCUGCCUAAUUUAAAUCAACCAGCUGUACGUGCAUUACGUGUAUUACGACCACUUAAAUUAGUAACUGGUUUUGAAAGUUUACAAAUUGUACUCAAAUCUAUCAUUAGAGCUAUGGCUCCAUUACUUCAAAUUAGUUUAUUAGUAUUAUUUGCUAUAAUUAUAUUUGCAAUAAUUGGCUUGGAAUUCUAUUCAGGUGGAUUUCAUAUGACAUGCUUUGAUUUAUAUAAUCCAGACUAUUUACCAAUUUCUUUACCAAAUCGACCAACAUUAGCACCAUGCAGUCUUUCAAAUGGUUCAGCAACUAGUACAGGUUCUUUACCACAUGGAGCAUUUGUAUGCCCACCAAAUUAUAUAUGUAAAGGUUAUUGGGAAGGACCAAAUUAUGGCAUAACUAGUUUUGAUAAUAUUGGUUAUGCUAUGCUUACUGUAUUUCAAUGUAUCACUAUGGAAGGUUGGACAGAAAUAAUGUAUUCAACAAAUGAUGCAUUUGGUGAUCGUUUCAAUUAUCUAUAUUUUGUUCCACUUAUAAUACUCGGAUCAUUUUUUAUGUUAAAUCUAGUACUUGGUGUACUAAGUGGUGAAUUCGCCAAAGAAAGAGAACGUGUAGAAAAACGUCGUGCAUUUUUAAAAUUACGUCGACAACAACAAACUGAAAAAGAAUUUAGUGGAUAUAUGGAUUGGAUUCAAAAAGCUGAAGAGGUAAUUUUGGCUGAAGAUACUACUACAGCAGAUGAACGAAUGCGUAUUAUAUCAGCUCGUCGAAGAGCGGCUAAACAACGACUUAAACAAACUGGUAAAGAUGCGUCAUUCAAUGAUUCGAAUUUUGAGGAUUCUGUAUUAUUCGCAGAAUCUAAAUCACAUUCAUCUUAUGGCGAUUUACUAAAACGUCGAAAAGAAAGAUGUCAGGGAUGUUGGAGAAGAGAAAAACGAAUUCGGUAUGCUAUAAGGAGAAUGGUAAAAAGUCAACCAUUUUAUUGGGUUGUAAUUAUACUUGUAUUUUUGAAUACCGUAUGCGGUGCUAUUGAACAUCAUGGUCAACCAGUAUGGCUUUCCACAUUUUUAUAUUAUGCAGAAUUUGUUUUUCUCGGUUUAUUUAUCAUUGAAAUGUUAUUGAAAGUAUAUGGAUUGAAUAUACGAAUCUACUUUGAAUCUUCAUUCAAUAUCUUUGACUGUGUGGUCAUUAUAGGAAGUUUAUUUGAAAUCAUUUGGGGAUUCUUUCAUCCUGAUGCAUCAUUUGGUAUCAGUGUUUUACGUGCAUUGAGACUUUUACGAAUUUUCAAAGUAACCAGGUAUUGGGCUUCAUUACGUAAUUUGGUACUUUCAUUAUUGAAUUCAAUGAGAAGUAUUAUUUCGUUAUUAUUCCUAUUAUUUCUCUUCAUUCUAAUAUUUGCAUUACUUGGAAUGCAAUUAUUUGGCGGAGAUUUUAAUUUUGAUGAAGGAAGACCAACACAAAAUUUUGAUACUUUUGUUAAAGCUUUACUAACUGUAUUUCAAAUAUUAACUGGUGAAGACUGGAAUACAGUUAUGUAUAAUGGGAUAAGAGCACAAGGUGGUGUUACUAGUGGUGGUGCAAUUUACAGUGUAUAUUUUGUUUUAGUUAUGGUAUUUGGAAAUUAUACACUAUUAAAUGUAUUUCUUGCUAUUGCUGUGGAUAAUUUGGCAAAUGCUCAAGAAUUGACCGAAGCUGAAGAAGAACAGGCCAAAUUACAAGAAGAAAGUCAUUUAGCUGAAGAAGCAGCUGAAAUGCGAUCCGCUACCGAUGCCAAAAAUAAUUCUAACAAUAAUAAUAAUAAUAAUAACAAUAAUGGCGAUGUCAAAAAUACACAAACAGGAAAAUUGGUGAAUAAUUAUCAUAAAUCUAAUCUUCAUGAUACAGAGAAUAGUUCAAAUACAAUACAAGGAAAUACAAAUGAAAUGAAUAAAAAUAGAACCGGUGUACAAAACGACAAUUUCAUGUUUCGUCACAUGACCAAUUUAAAUUUUACAUCGCUUGAAAGUGAUGAUACAGCAAGAUUACAAGGUUCUAUACAAAUUCAAGGAAAACCUGUUCUACCGUAUAGUUCAAUGUUUAUUUUUGCACCAACUAAUGCAAUACGACGGUUUUGUCAUUUCGUAGUCAAUUUACGCUAUUUUGAUUUAUUUAUCAUGAUUGUAAUUUGUGCAAGUAGUAUUGCUUUAGCCGCUGAAGAUCCAAUCUCUGAACAGUCAAAACGUAAUACAAUAUUAGAACAUUUUGAUUACGCAUUUACUGGUGUAUUCACAAUUGAAUUAAUUUUAAAAGUGAUUGAUUUAGGUGUUGUAUUACAUCCUGGUUCAUAUUUUCGUGAUACAUGGAAUAUUCUUGAUGCUAUAGUUGUAUUUUUCGCUUUAGUAGCAUUUGUAGUAAGAUCAGCUACCUCGUUAGGACGAAUUGGUACAAGUACAUCAGCAAAGAAUUUAAAUACUAUAAAGUCGUUACGUGUACUACGUGUUCUUAGACCAUUGAAAACAAUCAAUCGUGUGCCAAAAUUAAAAGCUGUAUUUGAUUGUGUAAUCAGUUCACUUAAAAAUGUUUUCAAUAUUUUAAUCGUCUAUUGGCUUUUUCAAUUCAUUUUCGCCGUCAUUGCUGUUCAAUUAUUUCAGGGAAAAUUUUUCUAUUGUAAUGAUGUUUCUAAAAUGACAAGAGAUGAUUGUCAGGGCCAGUUUAUUGACUAUAAUGAUCGGGGUGAUCCAUUCCUUCAGAAUCGCACAUGGCGUACACGCGACUUUAAUUAUGAUAAUGUAAUUCAUGCAAUACUUACACUAUUCACAGUGACAACUGGUGAGGGGUGGCCAGCAGUACUUAGGAAUUCUAUUGAUUCAACAGUUGCUGAUCGUGGUCCAUCACCAGAUUUUCGUCAAGAAAUGGCUAUUUUCUAUGUGGUCUUCUUUAUUGUAUUUCCAUUCUUUUUUGUAAAUAUUUUUGUGGCACUUAUUAUUAUUACUUUUCAAAAUCAAGGUGAAAAUGAGCUAAUUGAAUUAGAUUUAGAUAAAAAUCAAAAACGUUGUAUUGAUUUUGCUAUUAAUGCUCGACCAUUAUGUCGGUAUAUGCCAAAAGAUAAACAUUCAUUGAAAUAUCGAGUAUGGCGUCUUGUUGUCUCGACACCAUUUGAAUAUUACAUCAUGGUUAUGAUUGCAAUUAAUACUUUAAUUUUAAUGAUGAAGUAUCAUCGUCAAGAACAAAAGACGUAUUUUACUGCUUCCGUUGAUACUGAACAACAAGCCUAUCAUAACUAUUGUAAUACAUUAUUGUAUUUCAAUUCUGCUUUCACUGUCAUGUUCUCUGUGGAAUGUAUGCUGAAAAUAAUGGCUUUUGGACCAAAAAAUUAUUUCCGUGAUCGUUGGAAUAUUUUUGAUUUUAUUACAGUUAUAGGAAGUAUUACUGAUGUAUUAGUUUCUGAAUUACAAGAAUCAGCAUUUUUGAGUUUAGGAUUUCUACGUCUUUUUCGUGCAGCACGUUUAAUUAAAUUAUUACGUCAGGGUUAUAGUAUACGUAUUAUUUUAUGGACAUUUAUUCAAUCAAUUAAAGCAUUACCAUAUGUUUGUUUACUGAUUACAAUGUUAUUUUUUAUCUACUGUAUUGUUGGUAUGCAGGUUUUUGGUAAUAUUAAAACAGAUCCACAUUCUCAAUUAAAUAAUCAUAAUAAUUUCCAAACAUUUGGAGAUGGAAUACUUUUACUAUUUAGAUGUGCAACUGGUGAAAAUUGGCAAGAAAUUAUGCUUGAUUGUGCAGCUGGUAAAGAAUGUGAAGGUUCUGGUGAAUCAUGUGGAAGCUCAUAUACAUAUUUAUAUUUUUCAACAUUCAAUUUUUUAUGCUCAUUUAUCAUGUUAAAUUUAUUUGUAGCUGUUAUUAUGGAUAAUUUUGAUUAUUUAACUAGAGAUUCUUCUAUAUUGGGUCCACAUCAUUUAGAUGAAUUUGUUCGUGUUUGGGCUGAAUAUGAUCCAGGUGCUACAGGUCUUAUUCAUCAUCGUGAUGUAUAUGAAAUGCUUAGAAACAUGGAACCACCAGUUGGAUUUGGUAAAAAUUGUCCAUAUCGUUUAGCUUAUCGAAAAUUAAUUCGAAUGAAUAUGCCAGUAGAUGAAAAUGGUUGUGUUAAUUUCACAACUACACUAUUAGCUUUAAUACGUGAAUCAUUAGGCAUUAAAACGGGACCAACUGAAAUAAUGGAUCAACGUGAUAUGGAAUUAAAAGAAACUAUUUGUAAAUUAUGGCCUGUUCAUGGAAAGAAAAUGCUUAAUUUGCUUGUACCUCCAGAUUCAGAGCUUGUCUAUCACAAAAUGACUGUUGGUAAAAUAUAUGCAAGUUAUCUUAUGAUUGAAAAUUGGAGAGCAACACGAGCCUUUCAUGGUAAAGGUGGAACUUCUAAAUCUGCUAGUAUAUUGGCACGAUUCUUUGGUGCAGUAAAACAAAAUGCUCAUCAUCCAAAUGUUAAUUCUGAAACGGAAGAUGAAAGAGGAAGCCCCGAACUCAGUGAAUUCUCAGAGAAAACAACAUCUGAAAAUAAGAAUCGAAGAAAAAGUAGAAAUUCAACUUCAGAUCCCAAUGAUCCUAAUCGUCUUCUUACUCCACGAGGAUCAGAAUUCACAGAACAACAUAUAUAUCCAGCCAGUAGUAGCCAAUUCAAAAAACAAUCUAGAAUGAAUGAAAUUGAUCAAACAAUAUCUAGUAAUAAAUCACAAUAUCUUAUUCAUGAUGAAAAUAAAACAACAACUGAUCAAUAUCAAAAACAUCCGACUUAUUGUGCUAGAAAUAAAAGAGAACUAGCAUUUUCUGAUCGUAAUUCAAGAUGUUAUCAACGUCAUUCUACGUAUUUAAGAGAUAAUACUUAUCAUGAAAUACCUGAAGACUUUGAAGAAACUGACAAAAUAAGUGAAAGUACCGAAGAACUUUCAAAAAUCAAAUAUCAGGGUCGUCUACCAGUGACUAGUUCAUCAGGAGGUUAUUAUGAAGAUCAACAUGAUCAGUAUUUUGACAAAUCAGAUCAUCCUCAACUAGUGCGUAAAAAUAUUGAUGAACUUUAUAAUACUGAUGAAAUAAAAUACGUACCAUACGGAAUUCCACAUGCCAAAUCAUUUUCUCAAAAGCCGUUAAUGUCGACCAGAGAGUAUAGUGUUCAUUUGUCUCCAAGUAGUGAUAUGAGAAGAACUGAUGACAUUAUAACUGAUGAGCAUCAGUGUUUAGAAAAUGUGACUCCUAAAUAUAAUGUAGAUUUUGUCAAGGAUGAAAGUGAAACACCGUACUAUCAGUUACGUGAUAUGAAUCCUCCUGAUUUUUACAACUCAUCAUAUACGGAUACCAAAACAGCCGGACAGAAACGUCCUUUGCAGCUUCCUCAUCAACAUUCAAUUCCUAUUUUCACAAAACAAAGAGACAUUAGAGGUGAACCAUUAUGGGGAUUAAGAAAUAUGCCACAUUUAACACGAAGUCCUAGUGUCGAAUAUACUUCAAAGUAUUCAACUUGUCAACAGUUGUUGAGGCGGCAACCAUAUGGUUAUGAGACCCCACCAAUUAAAAAUAGAUCUAAUCUUUAUCCGAAUCCCUGUAGUUCAAUAUUUUAUCCUAUUCCACCCCCAUCAGGUCCACACAUAUCAAAUCUCAAAGCUCAUAGAUCGUUUGACACUAAUGAAAGCUUAGAAAUAUUUCCAUAUGAAUUCACGUCCAACAUGCAUUUUCAACCGGUGCCUCCACCGACAAAUUAUAACUGGGAGGCAAAGUAUGCUGAUAAAUUGUACAGUCAUCAAAUAAAUGAAGAAUCAAUUGGUAAAAGUACAAAUAUAGGUAUUGAUCAACCUACAAAUUUUGCAUCCACUUCACAUUUUGAUGAUUUUAAAUUAAAGAAAUCUUCUAUGCAUUUUCUUACACCACAAUUAAAAAGACAUUGUAUACCGCAUACUAUUACAACACAAAUUAAAAGACCUAAAAGACAAAUUCAUGCAACUGUAAUAAAUUUUAAUAAUAAUCCUACUAUAUUUGAAUGUAAUACUACUACCACAAAUAUAAUCAGUACUACAAAUAAUACUUGUACAAAUGUUAUUUAUACAAGACCAUAUGAAUUAUCAUCAAAUAUUCCAUCUUUACCUUCUGCUGACUUUCAUGAUCUACAACAUAAACUAACUGAUUCUUCUUUUUCUUCUUCUUUAUUUCCUCAUUAUUACAAUUAUACACCAAAAACAGAUUAUCAUCCAAUACAAUAUGAUGAAAAAUCAAUAUUGAAUCAACCAGAAAAUUCAUCAUCAUGUUCCAAUGAUGACGAUAAUGUGAUUUAA